AUGAGAUUAAAAAUAAGAGCGAUAUCAGAUAAAGAACAAGAAGCUGCUCCACAGUCCCUGCAGUUCGAGGCCCCGCCCUGGCUUCGACCCCACGUGAAGGGAAACUACAAUUUCUCCUCCAACACUGGACGAGAAAACCGGAAGCGGAAGUGCGCGGUGCGGCGGGCGGCCGUGGCAGUGUGGGGCUCCUCUGCCCGGGUGGUGGGGGUGAUUCGCUUCCAGAAGGCGGGGAGUGCCUGGCAGAGGACGACUCUGACCUGGGCGGAGGUGCUGCUUCCCCGAGGUCAUCCUGGUCCCCGGGAGCGGCCCGCGCAGGUCGGCUUCGCUGUUGGGCGCCCCUUGCUGGGUCGCUCGCUCCCGAGUCCAGGGGACCGCGUUGCCGUCCUGUCGGAAGGGAAGCCCCAAAUUCCAGUCCGGGCGCUACAGCUAUGGAAUGCGGUGACACCGAGCCUCAGUCCUCACUGGUGCUCCCUGAUGUGUAGGAAAAGUGCGCGGCAGAGGCACUGCCCUGCCUGUCAGGUUUCAUACGAUUGGGAAUCUCAACUCAAAGCCAAAGAGCUGGCUUCUCUGCUGGAGAGUUUGGAAAACCCAUCAUCCAGCAACAUGCACAUGGGACUGACGGCGGUUGUGCAGAUCCAGAGGGUGGUGAUGCCGAUGCCUGUGCUGGGUCUCGCCAAUACAUGGGUGGUCAGGGCUCCUGCUCUGCCAGCUCAGGACUCCACCUGGCUCCAAGCGGAUGACAUAGAGGAAGAAGCCAGGGCUCAUGGGUUGCCAACUACCUGUUCCUGGGAACCAGUCACCUUUGCGGAUGUGGCUGUGGUGUUUAGUCCAGAAGAAUGGGUGUUUUUGGACUCUGCUCAGAGAAGUCUGUACAGAGAUGUGAUGCUGGAAAACUACAGGAACCUGGCCUCCGUAGGUCCACUAUGCAAAACCAGCACAGUAUCGUAUUUGGAGCAAAGAGAAGAGCUGUGGACCAUCAAGAGAGGAAUCUUCUCAGAGCCACAGCUUCAACUCCAAGAGUCAAUUCCAAGCCAAGAUAUUUUUGCAGAUGUUCUGUCCAUUGGCAGGAAAAAGGAGCCAUCUCAGCAUAGAGAAAAACUCUACAAAUAUACCAACUCAGAGAAACCAUUUAGCAGUGUAGAACCACUUUGUCAGUACCAGCGAGUUCUUGCUGGAGAGGCCCCCUAUGAAAGUCAGGAGAACAGAAAAUCCUUCUUCCAGGAUGCCCCUGUAAUGACACCUGAAAAAAUCCACAGCGUGGAUAAAACUUAUGUGUGCAGCCAGUGUGAAAAGUCCUUUCGCUAUAGCUCUGACCUUACGAGGCAUGAGAAGACUCACACUGCAGAGAAGUUCUUUGAGUGCCAGGAGUGCCGACAAGCCUUUAAGUAUUCCUCCAACCUGCGGCGGCACCUGAGGACCCACACUGGAGAGAAGCCCUUUGAAUGUGGCCAGUGUGGGAAAACCUUCACCAGGAAUUUCAACCUGGUUUUGCAUCAGAGGAAUCAUACGGGAGAGAAGCCCUGUGUGUGUAAGGACUGUGGGAAAGCAUUCAAUCAGCCAUCAUCUCUCAGGAGCCACAUGCGAACACACACUGGAGAGAAGCCCUUCGAAUGCAGCCACUGUGGGAAAGCAUUCAGGGAGCACUCAUCGCUUAAGACACACCUGCGCACCCAUACAAGGGAGAAGCCCUACAAGUGCAACCAGUGUGGGAAACCCUUCCGCACUAGUACACACCUAAAUGUGCACAAGAGGAUCCACACUGGGGAGAAGCUGUAUGAGUGUGGGACCUGUGGGCAGGUCUUGAGUCGCCUCUCCACCCUGAAGAGUCACAUGCGAACUCACACUGGGGAGAAGCCCUACACCUGCCAGGAAUGUGGGCGGGCCUUCAGUGAGCCCUCAUCCCUCAGGAAACAUGCAAGAACUCACACGGGGAAGAAGCCAUAUACCUGCCAAGAAUGUGGGCGGGCCUUUGGGCAGUCUUCACACCUCAUAGUGCAUAUGAGAACCCACAUGGUAGGGAGACCCUACCCAUGUAAUCAGUGUGAGAAAGCCUUCAGGCACAGCUCAUCACUCACUGUGCACAAGAGGAUUCACAAUGGGCAAGACAGCACCAGGCAAGGUGGCCUGCCCUUGUCAAUGUCUCAGACCUACAGUGGGUUCCUUGGCAGUUGAUACCCUGUUUUGUAAAAAUAUAAACAUUUUGGGCUACCCUUGUCUCUUAUGAUACUUUUUUACUGGUGUCUCAUGUUUCCAUGUACAGUCUGUCCCAGGGAUCUGCAGGUUCUGCAUCUGUGGAUUCAACCAGUUGCACAUUGAAAAUAGCAAGACAGAGUUGCAUCUGUACUGAAUAUUGUAUAUACAUUUAUUCUUGUCAUAAUUCCCUAAACAAUACAGCAUAACAACUAUUUACACAGCAUGUACACUAUAUUAGGUACUAGUCAUCCAGAGAUGGGAAGAUAUGCAUAGAUUAUAUAUAAGCAUUGCACCAGUUCAUGUAAGGGACUAGAGCAUCUUUGGAUUUUGGUAUCAGGGGGUGCUGAAACACAUCCCUGUAGAUACUGAGGGAUGACUAUAUAUUUUUAUUCUGGUUUAAUUCUCAUAUUGUCUUUAUUUCCAUUAUUUAUUGUUCUUCCACCCAUGACCUUUUUGGAAUUAAAUACCAGUACACAGUUAUAUUUUCAUAGAGAUAUAAUUAUAGCAAAAUGCAUAAAUCAUAACUGUAGUUGGAUGCAUUUAAUAGAUACAUAUUUGUGGGUAACCAACACCAUAUUCUAGGCUUAGAAUGUGAAAGUUCCUGCAUGUUAUAUAGUGAUUUCUUAAUUGCCUUUUUGAUGUUUGGUUUCUAAUUUAAUUACAUAGUGAGCAGAGUAUAUAGUUUUUAUGUUACUGAAUUUUAAGUAUUUGUUGACAGAUCUGCUAGUUGCCAACCAAAAUUGCCCCUUCCUUACAAAAGAACCUUUUCGUUGUUGUUGUUGUUGUUCACCUUGAUAAUGUGCACUAUUAAAAAUCCUCUAUCUCCCUGUUAGGAGGCUGUGUUGUCCAGUCCUGGAUGGUAUAAGUAUUAGAAGAUACUAGGAAUGAUUCUGGAAAAAGACAUUGCAUGGGUGUGAUUUAAUUUGGCUAGAUAUCUCCACUUCUUGCUUCAAGCAGGCAUGAUGUCCAAAACUAGAGGAGCCAUCCUAUGACCAUCGGGGUAAAAGCCACAGGCUAAAGAGAGAGUGGCCAGAAGUCUCAACCUUCUUGCUUCCCUAAUCUUAGAAAACAAAGUUAAAAAUAUAUAGAGUUAGUGUUUUUGUGAGAGUUCACCAGCACUGGGUUAUUUAUUCUGGAGUCUUAUUACAUGGGGAAAAAAAGCACUGUUUACUGGUUCAAGACUUAAAAGGAUUGGAGAGAAAGGGAGUGGGUUUAUUUCAGCUUAAUGCAAUCCCUAACUGGUGCACUUAGUACAUGACAAUUUAUAUAAACACUUAAUCAGUGGUUGAAAUCAUUGUAUUCUGCCCACGGCCAUUACAUUGAGCAUGCUAUUUGUGUUGAGAAAACCAUUUACACAUUUAUAAUCUCUAUUGUUUACCAAGAUUGUGGAUUGUUGAAUAAUCUGUGUAAUUCUGUCAGUUUUUAAGUUUGUGGACAUAUUUUGAAGCAGUGGAAUUAAAUAAGCUUUUUUGACAUUUUA